AUGAUUGCGUUUUCCACCUUCCUCGAGAUCCACAUGCUGCAAAACUGGUUUGACGAAUCAGACCCCACCAGAGCAUUCCAGCAGAAAUUGCGGUUUUUUAUGAUCACGCUUUGCGCAAGCAGCAUCUUCGCACUCGUGGGCUGCAAGAUCACCGACCGAACGGAAAAGAACGAGCACGAAAUAGAGCAUUUCAGCAACUUCAACGCGUCUCCCUUGCUUUCAGGAGGCAGUGCGGUCCUGGGCUCUCCAAAAGCUGCCAUUGCUACAGAGGACCUCGAAUACGUACAACUGGAUGACCAGAUGUCUGCCUCCAGUGUCACGUAUCAGCAGAAAAUUGCCCGUUUUCUCAGAGAUCCGCUCAUGUACCCUCUGAACAUGGCGUUCUUUAUGGCCGUCGGCGCAACAGAGUUCUUCCUCACAAACCUCAGCUCGAUCCUGUCCUCUCUGGACCAAAACACGCUAGACUACAAUCUGCAGCUCUACUCCAUUACGUCGACGGUAAUUCGUUUCGUGAUUAUGGUGGCCACCGAUCACGUGUGCGCGAAAUACGGCGUCUCGCGUCUGAGCAUCCUCGCAAGUUUGAUAGUCAUGUGCGGACUGGGCCAUGUGUACCUGUCCAGCUGGCCCAUUCCCGGACUGCACAUCAACGUGAUUGUGGUGCUGAAUGCCGUUCUUAAUUCAGGUCUAUACACGCUUUUCCCGGCAGUGCUGGCGGCAGUUUACGGGUUUGAGAUUUUGGGAACAACCUACGGGAUCUUUUCGUGCUGCUCCAUCAUCGGUAACAUGCUGCUAAACCUGGUCUACGGCACUGACUACACGCGCAACUGUGCAAACUCUACAAAUGACAACCUUGUCAUCUGCUCCACAUACACAUUCCUGUUGAGCGGUGUGGCGCUCACUGUUCUGGGGUCGCUGAUCUACUGCCUGAAAAAUAGAUAUCUUGCUAGGGCACACGAAAAAUUCUAG